AUGUUUUUUCGAAUUGAAUCAUUUACUACUCAAGAUUAUCUGAACAUCCUCUUAUUGAUACUUCUUUUUUAUAUUGUUCGCUUUUACCAUAAUUAUUUCACUCGUCCAAAUCCGCUUCCUGGUCCUCUAUCUUUACCAUUUGGGUUAGAGAAUCUCUUUUAUGAUGGCGACUUAAAACGCUUUGCUACAACAUUAUAUAACAAAUAUGGUGAUAUCUGUGAAUUCAGACUGGGUGGUUAUCGAAGAAUAGUACUCUCUAAACCAGAUUAUUUUGAGAACUUAUUAACUUCCUCAAAAAAUUUAGCAUUAUUUACAAAACAUGAAUAUUCACCUGCUAUGGAUAUGCUUGGAAGUUUUGGACGAGGAUUAUUUCUAAAUAACAAUUAUGAAACUUGGAAGAUUAAUAAAUACUUUUUUUUACAAUCAGUUUCAACUCCUAGUUUCAAUGACGAUGCUAUAAAACGUAAUAUUGAUUUAUUUGAAGAGUUGGAUGGUUAUUGGAAUUUGCUUGCAAAAUCUCAAUCUUGUAAUGAUGGUUGGUUUGAAAUGGAUUUUUUACCAUGGAUAAAUAGGUUUAUGAGUGAUAAUAUUUCAAUAAUAGUAAUCGGUGAACGAGGUUUAUCGAUGGGAUCAUAUUAUAAUACAUUCAACUCCGAUAAGUCUAAACUUGAAAGUUCUUCUCUUAAUGACCCUAAAUUAUUUGAUUCUGAUAAAUUCACCCGGGCGAUCAUGAUAUAUAUGAGAGGUAUAAUAUUCUUUCAUAUUGUUCCCCCAUUCUUGAGACGCUAUGUGCCAUUUUUUAAGAAGAAAGCAGAUGCUCUUCUUGAAAAUAGAGAUUUCAUAUUAAGAACCAUUGAAAACGUGAUUGAAAAGAGAAAAAAUGAUCUUGUAAAUACUCCUCAGAAAUUAAAGUCGAUGAAUGAUUUGUUAACUAUUCUCAUUACUGCAAAUAAUGAUGCAAAAAAUAAGGAGGCAGAGUCUUUAACUGAAGAAGAUAUUAGAACGCUUUUACUUGAUGUUUUUUUUGCAGGAUCUGAUACAUCUUCAAACACAUUAUGUUACAUAAUUUACUUCAUUUGUCAUAAUCCACACGUAAAACAAAAAAUGUUUGAUGAAAUCGAUUCAGUUUUUCCUAAUAAUUCUUCUAUAACCGCUGAUCUUCUUGCAAAACUUAAGUAUUGUGAUGCAAUAAUUAAAGAAGCUUCUCGUAUGAUGCCAGUGUUACCUGUAUCAAAAAGGGUCGCAACUGGAGAAUGUGAAGUUGCUGGAUAUACAUGGCCAGCCAAAACUAUAUUUCAACUAAAUUAUGCCAGCAUUCAUAUGAAUGAGAAAUAUUGGGACAAUCCCACUGUUUUUGAUCCGAACAGAUUUUCUUUACAAAAUGAUUCGAAUGAAUUCGAUUAUUUAAACAAUUUGGAUAAAGAGAAUAAAAAAUCCACUCAUAACGCAAAUAAAUAUUCGUUAGUUAUUUUUGGUGGUGGUAUAAGAAUGUGUCCUGGGAGAAAGUUAGCAAUGAUUAAUAUGCUAUCCUUCAUGGUGUUGAUGUUCAAAAAAUAUGAUAUAGAAUUAGUAGAUAGGGAAGCCCCAUUGAAAACACAUAGCGCAUUCCUUACUAACUGUUUAGAGUUAAAAAUCAAAAUCCAACCUAGGAAAUUAUCAUUGUAA